AUGGCUGCCCUUGUAGAGCUACAGACAGCUGUGCCAUCGCAUCUGCGAGGCGUCCCGGGCUCCGUCAACAUCCACGUUGCCAAGUUCCCCGCAAAUGCCACCGCACCCAAGGCCACAAUCGAUGCUGCCCAGGUCGCAUCCCAGUUGGUUGGCACAAUCAAUCAAGCACUUGAGAAGAGCGACUUCAACGCUCUGUCAAAGCUCUUCACCGAUGACGGGUACUGGCGAGACCAUCUCGCGCUCACAUGGGCGUUCCGAACGGCGCAGACCCCCAGCGAUGUCCUGAGCUUCCUCGAAGGCGCUGCGAAAUCCAAGGACGGGUUGCGGCUCAAGAAGAUCACAGUCGAUGCCUCCUCAUCCGUGAGGGAGCCCAAGGUGCUCCCAUUGAACGCCGACGCAACCGUUUCAGGGGUCAAAUUCUUUAUCUCAAUUGAGACUGCCGUUGGUGCCGGCGAUGGCCUCGUGCAGCUGGUCGAGGAGGCGGGCCAGUGGAAGAUCUUCACGCUGUACACCCGCCUGCAGGAGGUCCGUGGACACGAAGAGAACGUCAACGGGCGCCGUCCAAGAGGUGUCCAGCAUGGCGGACAGCCCGGACGAAAGAAUUGGGCUGAGAGGAGGCAGGAGGCGGCUGGCUUCAACGCAGGCAAUGACCCAGCUGUGCUCGUAGUUGGCGCUGGCCAGGGCGGUUUGACUGCUGCCGCUCGACUUAAGAUGAUGGGCGUGGAAACGCUCGUCGUCGACAAGGAAGACCGCAUCGGCGACAACUGGCGCAACCGAUACCACCAGCUUGUCCUGCACGAUCCGGUGUGGUACGAUCACCUCCCGUACCUUAACUUCCCAUCCCAGUGGCCCAUCUUCACUCCCAAGGACAAGCUCGCCGAGUUCUUCGAGGCGUAUGCGACGCUCCUCGAGCUGAAUGUGUGGACCAAGACGGAGCUCGUCUACACGAAAUGGGACGAUGCAAAGCAGAUCUGGACUGUCAUUGUCAACCGGAAACGGGCAGACGGUACCAGCGAGGUCAGGACAUUCCAUCCCCGCCACCUGAUCCAGGCUACGGGCCACUCGGGCAAGAAGAACAUGCCUGAGAUGAAGGGUAUCGAGAACUUCAAGGGCCACCGUCUCUGCCACUCUUCCGAAUUCCCCGGUGCCCGCGCCAACGCUGCAGGCAAGAAGGCCAUUGUCGUGGGCUCAUGCAACUCCGCGCACGACAUUGCUCAGGACUUUGUAGAGAAGGGGUACGAUAUCACCAUCGUGCAGCGAUCAACCACACACGUUGUAUCAUCCAAGGCCAUCACAGACAUUGCUCUCAAGGGGAUCUACGAUGAGUAUGGACCCCCCGUCGAUGACGCGGACGUGCUGAUCCACGGCCUCCCUACUUCUGUUCUCAAGGCGCACCAGGUCAAGGUCAAUGAGCUGCAGAAGGUGCAUGACAAGGAGACCCUGGAUGGGCUGGCCAAGGCCGGGUUCAAGGUCGAUCGUGGCCCUGAUGAGGCCGGACUCUUCUUCAAGUAUUUCCAGCGUGGCGGCGGUUACUACAUCGAUGUGGGAGCAAGUCAGCUCAUCGUCGACGGGAAGAUCAAGGUCAAGCAGGGCCAGGAGAUUGAUGAGGUGCUUCCCAACGGACUGCGCUUUGCUGACGGCACCGAGCUCGAAGCUGAUGAGAUUGUCUUUGCAACUGGGUAUCAAAACAUGCGAACACAGACCCGUCUCAUGUUUGGAGAUGAUGUAGCGGACCGGGUGACUGACGUGUGGGGAUUCAAUGCCGAGGGAGAGAUGAGGACCAUCUGGCAGAGGAGCGGCCAUCCUGGAUUCUGGUUCCACGGAGGAAACUUGGCGCUCUGCCGAUACUACUCCAAGCUUCUCGCUCUGCAGAUCGUUGGGCAAGAGGCGGGCUUGUACAAGGACGGAGAGAUCUAA